UCCAAGAAGAUGAAGUCCUUGCUCGUGUUCCUGCUGGCUCUUCUCUUUCCCCCUGGAGCAGGGGCUGGGGAGAUUAUCGGCGGCAGGGAAGUAAAGCCGCACUCUCGCCCAUACAUGGCGUAUUUGAGUUUCUACAAGAACGACAAUCUGCAUACCUGUGGGGGGUUCCUGGUGCGAAAGGAUUUUGUGCUGACAGCUGCUCAUUGCAGUGGAAGCAAAAUGAGUGUCCUUCUCGGGGCUCACGACAUCGCAUAUCGAGAAGCCACUCAACAGCGAAUCCCUGUAGCGGAGAAAUUCUCUCUCGACUAUAACAACAGCACCCACGUCAACGACAUCAUGUUACUUAAGCUGGCCCACGCAGCGAAUAUGACAAAGGAGGUGAAUGUCAUCCGUCUGCCUCGGGGGUUGACUGGUGUGAAACCCGGGGCCACGUGUUCUGUGGCUGGAUGGGGGAGGACAGAAGUGAAUGGUCAGGGAUCCAGCACGCUGCAGCAGUUGCAGUUAGAUGUGAUAUCUCCAAACCACUGCUAUAUCUUCAGUGGUUUCCACUCCUGUUAUCAACUGUGCGUGGGGGACCCCGAAUCGUAUAAGUCCUCCUACAAGGGAGACUCAGGAGGCCCUUUGGUGUGUGGAAAGCGAGCCCAGGGCAUUCUCUCCUAUGUGAAAUGGGGUGGGAAACCGCCCAACGUCUUUACUCGCAUCUCCUUUUACCUUCACUGGAUCAAGAAGAUUCUCGAGAACUAUUAGUUUCUGGGCCCUGGCCAAGGCGGAAAGUCAGGCUCCUCACCUUCGUCCAGAGCCUGAGCCAUCUGUGCUCUCUCUCUCUGUCUCUCUCUGUCUCUGACUCUCUGAGCGACUUUGGUGAAACCCAGCCCGACCGCAAGCCCAGGGAAAACUCCUCGUCUGAGCACACGGUACCCGGCUGGGUGGGAUGUCAAUAAACCCUAAGCAUCA